UCUUAGUUGUCUAGUCUUCAGUUACUGUUUGUGGGAAUAAAAUUAAACAGAAGAAAGUACACAAAAAGACAACUAUUCUAUAAUUACUUCAAUCAAAUACCAACCGCAAAAAGAUUCCAUACCCAAAAUAAAAUCAAUCAUACUCAAUUAAUCAAACCAGUCAAAUAACAGUGCAAAUUCCUUCUUCCUCCAUUUGACGGUGCUCUUCGCCGGAGCUUUGCACGGUGCUCUUCGCCGGCGCUCAGGUUGCUGAAUGAAGGUCCAAAAAGUUGAUUAAUUUGGUUUAUCGGACACGAUUGUGUGCUGGUUAUGGAGAACACAGAAAGACGACAAAGGGAUAAGGUGUUUCCUAAUGGUGAUGUGUAUAGUGGUGACAUUUUUGGCAUGAUUCCUCAUGGUACGGGGAAAUAUACAUGGUCGGAUGGGACGAUUUAUGAGGGUGAUUGGGAGGAAGGAAAAAUGACAGGGCAGGGGUGUAUUACUUGGACUUCAGGAUCAAUUUAUGAGGGUGAAUUCUCUGGUGGUUAUCUUCAUGGUCAAGGAACUUCAAUUUUUUCUGACCGGUCUACUUAUGAUGGGGCAUGGAGGAUGAAUACCAAGGACGGAUUUGGAAAGAAAAUAUACACCACUUCAGAUUUUUAUGAAGGUUCGUGGAAAGAAGGUGUCCGUCAAGGAAGUGGGAAGUAUGUAUGGAGUACAGGAAAUGCAUACAUUGGUACUUGGAAAGGUGGGAUGAUGUGUGGCAGAGGGCUUUUAAAGUGGGCAAAUGGUGAUAUGUUCUAUGGUACUUGGUUGGAUGGAUUACGGGAUGGAUCAGGUUUUUACCGCUUUGCUGAUGGAGGCUGUUACUGUGGAACUUGGAGUAGGGGGAUAAAAGAUGGAAGAGGAUCAUUUUACCCUGCUGGAAGUAAGCAUGUAUCUCUGAAGAAGUGGUUCAAAUCUGCAGGUUAUCAUGGAAGCUUUAGAGGUGGUUUGUCUCGAACUACAUCCGUGAUUUUUGAAGAGAAGAAUAAAACACCAGAGCCAAAGAUGAAUCGUACUAGUUCUGAAAUAGUUUCUAAUAGUGGUAAAUCAAGGAGAAGUUCAAGUCAAAAUUCAUCUGGGGCUUCUAAUGACAGAGACGUUGUACUUGGUGAAGUUACACCAGAGUUAUCACACAAUGACAGUUCUAGUAGAUUGAUUUGUAAAUCAACUGCUAAUCAGUAUGAUGGGUUGGAGGAAUGUGAUGUAGUUUUUGAAAGAGAAUAUAUGCAAGGUGUCUUGAUUAGCGAACGUAUAAGGAAAAGUGAUGGAAAAUUUUCCAAAGUUAAGCAUCCCAUUAAAUUUGUUAUUAAAGAUUCCAAAAUUCGUUCUUGCAUCACGAUUUCCAGAGGCAACCAGAGCCAUUAUUUUAUGCUUAACCUGCAGCUUGGUAUCAGGUAUACCGUUGGCAAGAUAACACCAAUUCCUGCUCGUGAGGUUAGAUAUACUGAUUUCGCUCAACAGGCCAGAAUAAAAAUGUUUUUUCCCAGAAAGGGUUCUCAACUCACGCCUCCACAUUAUUCACUGGAUUUUUACUGGAAGGAUUAUUGCCCUAUGGUUUUCAGGAAUUUGAGAGAAAUGUUUAAGUUGAUUGCUGCAGAUUACAUGAUGUCAAUCUGUGGUGAUGAUGGUUUAAGAGUGAUUUCUUCUCAAGGAAAAAGUGGCAGUAUGUUUUACCUGUCGCAUGAUGAUAGAUAUGUGAUCAAAACUUUGACAAAACCUGAGUUGAAGGUUUUCCUCAAAAUGCUUCCAUCUUAUUAUAAUCAUGUACAAAUGCAUGAAAAUACUCUUAUCACGAAAUUCUUUGGGCUGCAUCGCAUAAAACUGAAGUGCGGAAGAAAGGUGCGAUUUGUGGUCAUGGGAAAUAUGUUCUACACCGAGUUACGAAUUCAUCGUCGUUAUGACUUGAAGGGUUCAUCUUAUGGAAGGUUUACAGAUAAAGAGAAGAUAAAUACGAAUGCUACCAUGAAAGAUCUUGAUCUAAAAUAUGAAUUUUAUAUGGAUAGAUCAUUGCGUGAUGCCCUAUUUGAACAAAUCGAGUUAGAUUGCAUGUUCCUUGAAUCUCAACACAUAAUCGACUAUAGUCUUCUGUUGGGGUUGCAUUUUCGGGCACCUGAGCAUCUGAAAUCUUUCUUGGAGUUACCAGAACCUUCAUUUGAUUCUGAGAAUCGAUCUACUACUGAAGGUGUGAUGUCAAUAGAGGGGAUAGCAGUUCCUCCAACAGGUCUGAUAUUGGUUACACACGAGCCGGGUUCAGUGACGAGUGCUCCAGGACCUCAUAUAAGAGGAAGUACAUUGCGGGCAUACUCUGUAGGUGAUAAGGAAGUUGAUCUACUCCUCCCUGGAACUGGAAGGCUAAGGGUACAAUUGGGUGUUAACAUGCCGGCUUUGGCAAAACGCAAGAUACAAGAAGAUGAGCCAGAUUCGUUAGAAGUCGAACUUUUUGAAGUUUAUGAUGUGGUUCUCUAUCUUGGGAUAAUUGAUAUAUUGCAAGACUACAAUUUGAGAAAGAAAAUGGAGCAUGCAAGCAAAUCUGUGUUAAUAGAUUCAGUGUCAAUCUCUGUUGUUGAACCAAAGUUGUAUGCAAGACGUUUCAUCGAUUUCUUAGAGAAGGUUUUUCCUGUUCGUUGAAUGGGGUUUAACAUAUUUCUUUUUCUUAUACAACAACUGAACUAGCUGUGACUCGAUCGAUGCUGCAGUUUUUGGUAAACACAGCUGCAAAUUUGCCUGAAUGCAUUCUUGUUGCGCAACAUCGAUAAACAAAACAAUAGAUUGCAUUAUAACAUUUUCUGGUGGUGCCUCGAUCCCUGUGUUUAUUGCUGUAAAUUUAUUGAUUUUUUUCUUCGAGAAUUACUUUGUAAAUGUAAGAAUUCUUCAAAUUGGCUUCGUUUUGUAAAUAUGGUGUAUUAAUGCACUA